GUUAGCAUACGGAUGUUGGUAAUGAUAGCUGACAGCAGUGAGCUAGCGCUAGUGUUUCGUGAUUUGGAAAGAUGGCUGUGGACUUGCGAGGUUUUGCUUUGGAAAAAGCCGAGCUGAUUUCCAGCCGCUUAAAAGUGCUGAUUUAUUGGGGACAAGACAAUGUCCGGGCUCAGUUCGGGGUAGAUUUGGGUCUGAAGCCUGAAGUGUACCCGACUUGGGUCAUCCUAUCUACGGCCGCGGUGGGUCUGUUCCUGGUACUCUCACUGUCCUGGGCCGCCGUCUGUCGCGGUCUGUUUGCUGGGAAAAAGCGGGGAUCCCCGGUCCCCCAAGGCAAUGGUGAGCCGAGCAAGGCCAAUUUGGCCAAAACUGCCAAACCAGAAGAACCGAAGAAGAGGAACAAAAAGAAAACGAUUGAAAAGGUGGGCAGGGUUUACGAGCUGCUGAAUCACGGUUUAUCAGAACAAAACACUCAAUCCAACGGACAACCAGUGGCUGUAGCACAAGAGGAAGUUAAAGUGGUCGAGGUUGUCUCCAAGCAAGCUCCUCGUAUCAGAACCGAGAAGGUGCAUGAGGUACAAGCCCCGGUGCAGGUGAAAAAGAACAAGAAGAAAACCAAGACAAUUGUGCAACCAGUCAAGCAUGUGUCUAAAACUGAUGGGAAGGAAACUGAUGAUGGUGCAUGGGAGACCAAAGUUAGUAACCGAGAGAAGAAACAGCAGCGCAGGAAGGACCCGGGCUCUGAGGACUCUGGUAGCCCAGGAGGAGCGGAGGCUCCCAAGAGCAACGCUGAGGCACUUGUGGCCACAGCACCUACCAACACCAAGAAAAACAAAGGAAACCACGACUCCCUGCAUUCAAAAGCCACUGGAAAGGGGGAGACAACUACUGGAGCUGUGACGUCCAGCCGCAGAGAGGAGCCUUCAGUCAAUGGAGGAGGUUGGACUGACAUGUCUGUUAAGAUCCCACGUCAGAUGGGUGCUAUGGACGGACCUAAAUGGAGUGCCACCACCACGGCAACACAGUACAGGGCCCCACCUAAGCCUCAGUCCUGGGGACAGGAGACACAAGCAUGGAGUAGCAUUGAUGGCCGUAUAAAGACUGACCCAAACCCUGUGAACUUCUCCAUGCUGGGGCUAAACACCACAGACUCAAUAUCAAACUCAAUGGAGCUGCAGUGGGCGAGGUGCCCUAGUGUUGAUGAUGAAUGGUCUGGAUUCAAUGGGAUAGCAGCUGCAGACCCCAGCUCUGACUGGAGUGCCCCGGCAGAGCACUGGGGAAACUAUGAACAGCCCCCUGUGAUGGAGACCCCAGCGCCUCCACUGAAGGAGCAGCCUGUACCCAACAAGGUAUCCGAGGAUGAGAAGGACGCCGAUGAUGUCGCCGGUGGAGCCGCCAAAUCCAAGAAGAGCAAGAAAAAGAAGAAGAAAUCAGAUGAGGAGGCUGCAUCUGAGGCUCAGAUGGUGAGCACAGUUCCUUUGGUCAAUACACCCAAACCCCAAGAGCCUCCUGUGCUGACGUCAAAGAAGCAGAACCCGAGCAUAUCCUCCUCUCAGAAGAAGGCUGAGCAGACUGCGGAGCCUCCAAAGGGCUCCCAGAAGAAAAAAGUUUGACGGGAAACAUGAGGUCACAUCACAGGUCCAUCUAAAACAUAUGCAAAUGAUUGUAAAAUGUGUCACAUGCAAUAAUUACAAGGUACAGAGUUUCUUUCUGAGCUACAUUAACAGUUUAACUACCAAUACAAAGAGAGAACAAGCAGUGAACAUCCCCUGCUUGGCUAAAUACAGUGAUGAACCGUGGUCCUGUGGACUUAAAUCUUAAAUAAUUUGCACUAUUUGCUACACUGCGACCAGAGUGGAGUUUCAGGCAAGGUGGAAAGUGGAGGUACAUGGUUAUGUAAUUAUUUGUAUGGCAUCAAUAGUGUUAUUCCCUCCAAGAGUGUAUGUUUUAACCCAAAAAAAGAAACAAAAUACGGGUUUUAUUUUAAUUUGUUUAUUUAAGUUACAAGAUAAGCAUACAUUUUGCUCCCCAGAAUAUUGCACUUUGUUUUGUUUGACAGUUGUUUCCCUUGUAUCAAUUACUGAAAUGUGUGUGAGGAUAUGUUCAGAUUUUUUCAUUUUAGUACAACACUUGUUACAAAGUUGAGGCUUGCUGUAAUCGGACCCCCUUUGUGUGCUGGCCAUGAUGCGAUACCCUUAAAAAGCUACAAAGUUAGAAACACAAUUCCACGCUUAUUGUUCUGGGCAAAAUAUCAAUCUAGAUUAUCUGAAGCUAGCAUGAGGCUUAAGCUACGUUUCCUAAUGGAUGGGUAUUUUCCGAAGUCAUGGCUUUAUUAGUACAACAUUCAGCCUUUGUGUUUGCCACGUUUCUGAGAUGUGAGUUAUACUUCCUGACAGUCAGAGCUACAAAAACCCUGACCAUAAAACUACAUACGACUGCCCUGACAAAGCUAUUCUCCGACUGCUGAAGCCUCAUAUUAGUUUUGGCACAACUUUAGCCAGCAUUUUUUAACAGCAAAAAAGCAUUUUGUACAUUGUUAGUCAAUCUAUGAAGGUAUCACUACAUAGACGGUAUGGAAAGAAGAUAUUAUUAUAGUGACCUAUUACUCUUUCAACGUACAUAUGAGUGUUGUGUUAAGAUAGGUCUGUCUAUCCUUUAAGUAACAUCUCCUAAAACUGUCAUUUGAGUACCAACACUUGUUUCCUGUAGGCUGUGUAGUUUAUAAAAUCUGCUUUUAAGAAGAAGGGCAGCUGUUAUCAGGUUGUUUCACAGCAGAAAAAAAAAAUGUUGGCCUUAGAAACCUCUCCACCUCUUCACUGUCCUUAAGAGCGGUGGUAGUAUGUUCCGUCCUAUCAUACCGUCUCCACAAUAUGGUUCGAUACACCGAGGCCUGAAACUGUGAUGACGAGUUUGAGCACAGACGGCUGAACAAAUAUGAACUCAUCAGAUUUUGAUCAGCUCAGAUUAUUUCUUCUAUAGAGAGCACAGUAACUGAUAUGAACCACCAGGGGGCAAUGUAUUGUGAAGAAGAGCAGUUGUGGGAAUAUCCCAUAAAGAAGUCAAAAAUAUUGAGUACCCUCUGUCCACAUUUAUCAUUUUGAUUGUGUCUGUCUUUAUCUGACUAGACUGUGCGUUCAUUUUUUAGAGACUGAAUGGUCCUUUCUGCUUUUUUAAAAACGUUUUCUUCCAGUUUUUGUGCUAGAAAAAGCCACGCCAUAUGUACAGAUUGUAAGGGCUUUUUCCAGUCCUGUGAUUGCACUGUGCUAAAGGCUAUAUUGAGUUCCUUUUUAUGUCAAGACAUUGUUUUUUACUUAUUUUUUGCAGAAUAUGAAAUGUGAAAUUCCUUUUGAUUAACCGAACUCCCCCGGAUUUACGAUGGGGAUUUUUUUUAACAUAAAUUAAGAAUGAAGACGUACAUAAAGAUAUGAUAUGGAGCAGCUUUAAUUCAACAUCGAAGUUGUUUUUAAACAAGACAAACACAAUUACACAUAUUCAAGGAAUUCAAUUCCAUUGCCUUAACCUGUAGUUGUAUAGAACGUGCAUGUUUUUAUAGUUUUCAACCAAUUGCAAGCUUUGAUGUCUGAAAUUAAUUUCAUCUUGCAUGACUUUGAUAAAAGUACUUGUGUACACAAAAAGAAAUGAAUGAUCUCUUGCUUUAACUGUUGGUACCACUCAGUGUAUAUAAUCUAAGAGCUUUUUUUUUAGGAGACAAGUGGCAGCUUUUUUCUUUGGGAAUCCAACAACACACACUAACAUGAGUCUGUUGUUGGAGGUCAGAGAGCCUUUGUGCAUCGAGGUGUUGAUCAGCAUAUAUUAGUGAAGCUGAUGGAACAAAAUGAUACGUCGCUGUGGCUUCAGGCGCCCUUUUGUGUUUCAUUUCUACUGAUGAUUAAAUGGAUUUAAUCAAUGUAUUUAUAAAAUUGUCUCUAGGACUUUGUUAUGUGAAUGAUUUGGUUUAUUAAGGAGAUACAAAUGAUAUUUCUAUGUUUGUUUGGUACAAAUAAAUGAGAAUUGCUUGAUAUCA